AUGAACGCCCAGCUGGCCAUAAAUACUGCUUAUCGAGCCUACACCUCCGGAGCAACGGUCCCCGUAAUGGGUUAUGAGCAGUAUUACUGGCCUUCCCCAGAGGAGAAAGCGCAGGAGCCAGUGGACAGUUCGAAGGGGGGCCCUCCCCCAGAAGCUUUAAGUGACGUGGAGGAAAAGGCGCCCCACAAAAACCCAAAUCUUUCUUCAAGUUCUGGAAUAUUAAUUCUUUACACCCCCGACUCUGCCACCAGUCCCAACAGACAGUCCUCUUCUCCACAGCUGACUUCUACACCCCAGAAAUGCAAAGAGGAAAAUCCGGGAAGCAGGAAAGUCAAAACAAAAACACGCACAGCUUUCUCUCAAGAGCAAUUGGAGAUACUGCACCGCAGAUUUCAGAGCCAAAAGUAUCUCAGUCCACAACAGAUUCAAGAAUUGGCUGCAGCCUUGAAACUCACUUACAAACAGGUAAAAACAUGGUUUCAGAAUCAACGGAUGAAGUUUAAGCGAACUCAGAAAGAAACUCUGUGGAUGAGAAAAGGAAUGUGUCAAACUCAGAAUAGUUAUUUGGACAUAAACCCAAGCUAUCAUGAAGGUUACAGUAUUGGUGAGGCCAGGAACAUCCAUUCACUGGCUGCUGUGCAUGAGAACUACACCAGCAAUCAAAACUAUAGCAGUUAUAAUAGUGACCACCACCAGGCCUACUCUAGUCCUCAGAAUUUUUAUCCAGUUGGUGAGGAUGGGAGCUUCUUUGGAAAAGCUGGUGGGGCCUGUUAUAGUCCACAAACCAUCAACUAUAUCAACCACCAAAAGAUGAAUUUUUAUCCUGGCUUCUCUGCAAGCAUGGAGUAUGCCACCAUGAAGAUGGAAGAUGGGUAUACCUUCCAAAAUACAUCUGCUGCAUUACCAGGAGCCCCUGUCCUCCAGCACUAUCAAAGUCCUCUACAAACUCAAGGACCACGGAGCAACUGUAACUCCUAA